UCUGCCUGCGCGGCAAAUGUCAAGUCCAUGGAAUACAAAAAGGAACAACAGAGACACAAAAUCCGAGGAGCUCAAAAAACGAAACCAACUAAGCUGGCACAAAAUGUUGGGAAUGCUGAGGAAAAACGUCAAGAAACUGCAAGUACUUAAUUGGCCGCUGACCCAUAAUCGCGGAUUCCCGACAUUACUUAAAUUUGAUAUAAAACAUGAGGAAGCAAAGUCAGGUGCUGAAGAAAUGGAACCGCAGUCCACCAUGAAAUUACCCUAUUUUAUAAGCCCGAAGUGUGUUGCAGAUCAAAAUCAGGUUGUCGAAGAAAAUGGAAAAAAGUUCACCUACAACUAUCAUCCAUUUUCCAUUUACGACUUGAGUGAAGCCACUCUACGAGCCAAAAAAGCAACCGCCACAUACUCAAAAAAAAUUAAACAGAUUCAAAAGUUGAAGGUUGAAUACGUCAAAAAGUAAUACAAACAUUUACGUAAAUGAAUAUCUGCAUAAAUAAGAAAAAUUAAUUGUUAUUGAAGCAGUUAAACAAAAGUUAUGUGCACAAAUAAAUUAAACUGUACGUUUUAAACAAAAAUAAAUU